AAUAUGUGCCAAUCUCCAACUGAGGGGCAAGUUGGGGGUAUGGUUUUACUCUGGAACAAUGCUCUUGUGAUGGUUGAAAAUGUGGCUACUAGCCUACUACAAAUCAUGAGAUACACAGCAUGGUCCAGUUGUAGCUGUUAUACGUGGACCAAUAAGAGGAAAAAAUAUCAUACGAUUUCAGAGCGUCUGGAUCGAGUCAUGGCAAAUUAUGAAUGGUUAAAUCUCUUUCCUGAAAGCCAUGUUCGUCAUCUGCCUCGGAUUUAUUUCGAUCAUUGUCCGCUUUUAUUGUCCUUAGAUUCUUAUUAUCAUAGAGGAAAUAAGAUUUUCAGGUUAGAAACUAUUUGCACUUCUGACCCUUCCUUCCAACAUCUAGUUAAUGAUGUUUGGAGUCAAGAAUGUAAUCUUCUUCAUGCUACUACUUCUUUUGUUGAUGCUGUCAAGAUUUGAGACGUGAUUCCUUUUGUAA